AUGCCUGGUCGAGUCGCCGCACGUUCGACAUCGUCAGCGACCCGACGGUCAUCGGCGCAACCAUCUACUGGCCGCGCAGGCUCAGUGACCCCCGCGUUCACCAUUCCCGAGGAGCCGGCUCUUCCCUCAUCAUCAGCCAACCUUCGCAAAGACUUAUGUGCCAUAUUCGGAGACGCGCAGCGAUCAACAACCGGACACCGAAAGCUCGUGGUGCGCAUGCGUAAACUGCAAGAGAUUUGCUGCGGGAUCUAUCAGCGAAAGAAGGAUUCGGAUCGAGAGCAAGAGGAAAUUGUUCUUCCAGAUGAAGCGACUGUCGCGGAGCAAGAAUUCAACGUCGAGGUCGGCCGUUGCGUGCUUCGAAUCCUUCCCAUCAAGAAAUCGGAGCCCGUGGGAGAUCGCGUUCUCCGAUUCUUGGACACCUUCUUGUCUCACGCCUGCGAGAAAGACAAUGAGUUGUUCGCAUCCAAAGACACGGAGGAUGAGGAUGGACUGCAAUCCGCGGUAGAGACCCCAACUUCUCGGCUCUCCUCUUAUCUCGUGGAUCUCAUGAUUCCGAUCCUGGCGACCAAAGACAAAGUGGUCCGGUUUCGUGCCACGCAAAUAAUCGCGCAUAUCGUCAACACACUCGACUCGAUUGAUGACGAAUUGUACCAUACUAUCAGACAAGGCUUGCUGAAGCGAAUUCGCGACAAGGAGUCAUCUGUCCGCGUGCAGGCUGUCAUUGGGCUGGCACGUCUCACCGGCAAUGAAGAUGAUGAGGACGGGCCGGACGACAACUCUACAGCACUACUCGAGAAACUGAUCGAAAUCAUGCAAAAUGACACAAGUCCAGAUGUGCGAAAGAGUCUUCUCUCAAACUUGCCUCUUUCGCAACUAACUUUGCCCUUCCUGUUGGAACGAGCUCGCGAUCUCGAUGCGGCAACGCGACGAACCUUGUAUGCACGGUUAUUGCCCACGCUUGGCGAUUUCCGGCAUCUUUCUCUGGGUAUGAGAGAGAAGCUGCUCCGCUGGGGCUUGCGCGACCGUGACGAAAGUGUGCGAAAGGCAACCGGCAAAUUGUUCUUCGAUCGUUGGAUUGAGGACUGCGCUGGCACCAAUCAAGGCGAAAACGCCGGUCAGCGCUCGCCGCCAAAUCAGAGCGCUCUACUGGAAUUGCUUGAAAGAAUUGAUGUCGUGAGUUCCGGUGUCGAAAGCGGUAUCGCCCAUGAAGCCAUGCGCAGCUUCUGGGAAGGUCGUCCAGAUUACAGGGAAGCAGUCGUCUUUGAUGAACCCUUCUGGGAGUCAUUGACAGGAGAGUCUGCUUUCAUGCUUCGUACAUUCAACGAAUUUUGCCGUGUGACAAAUGAAGGAAAAUACGACGACCUCGCCGAUGACAAAAUGCCGACUGUGACCGCGCUCGCAUACUACCUUUCCAAGUACAUGACCACAUUGUUGGAGCGAAAGAAACUCGGCAAAGGCACAGGAGACGCCAAUGACGAAGACGCCACUGAAAAUGAAUUCAUUGUCGAACAGUUGUUAUACAUCGCUAUCACCUUGGACUACAGCGAUGAAGUGGGUCGGCGAAAAAUGUUCUCCUUGUUGAGAGAAUCGCUAGCUGUCCCAGAACUCCCCGAGGAGUGCACCAAACUUGCCAUAGAGGCUCUUCGAUGCGUCUGUGGUCCGGAUGUCGCUGGCGAGAGCGAGUUCUGCAGUGUUAUCCUUGAAGCUAUUGCUGAAGUUCACGACACUAUCGCAACCGAGGAUAGCUUCGUCUCAGCCAAGUCUGAAAUGAGCGAUGAUGCCAGCAGCAGGGCCAGAUCUGAGACCCCGGCCACCGAAGAUGAGAGACCGUUCAACAAGGAAGAGGCCAAGGCGAAGAUUCUCCGGGAGAUAGUCGUCAACAUGAAGUGUUUGCAUAUCGCACAGUGCAUGUUGCAGAAUGUUGAAGGUAAUUUGCAACAGAACAUGAAUCUCCGGACCAUGUUGAACAGUCUUGUGGUUCCUGCCGUACGCAGCCACGAAGCCCCAAUUCGCGAGCGCGGUCUCCUAUGCUUAGGUCUCUGCUGUCUUCUCGACAAGAACGUCGCCGAGGAUAACAUGACUUUGUUCAUCCACUGCUACAGCAAGGGACAUGAGGGACUCCAAGUCACAGCUAUUCAGACCAUUUGCGACAUGAUCACGACACACCCCUCGCUUCUCGCUCCAGUCACCGAGUCGGACGGGGAAACAGUGACGACGCCUCCCAUUCAGAAGCCCAUCUUGAAGGUGUUUUCUCGUGCGCUCAAGGCAACAUCUCCCGCGCUUGUUCAAUCUGCCGCUGCGACUGCCCUUUCAAAGCUCUUAUUGACCAACACGUUUACACCAUCGGGUCCUAAUGUGCCACCAGCUAUCCAAGAAUUCAAUCAGAAUGCCGUUGAAACCCUGCUCCAGAGUCUUGUGGUCGCCUUCUUCCACCCUCGCACUCGUGAAAACCCCGCUCUUCGACAGUCUUUGGCGUACUUCUUCCCAGUCUACUGUCAUUCGCGUCUAGACAACACUCAGCACAUGCGGCGAGUUGCUGUGCCUGUGGUUCGGGCCGUGUUGAACGCUGCCGAGGAGUACUAUUCGCUUGAAGCCGAGGAAGACAGCGACGGAGAGAUUGAUGAGAGCGUUGGCGAACGUGAAGUGAAAGCUCUGAUGGCUGGUGUCAUCGGUAUGCUUGCCGAGUGGACCGAUGAACGCCGCGUUGUGGGCUUAGGAGGCGAGCGAGUACUGGCUGGAGGCACCGCCAGCUCGAGUGCCUGCGGUUGGGUUCACCUCGCACUCGUGAGAGACAUCAUGGAACGUACGUUGGGUCUCACUGCCGGACCCAACCGCUGCUCGCGAGAAGAGCGCAAGCUCCUAUUCUCCUUACUUAGCAAACUUUACAUCUCCGCACCCACACUGCCUGGCCGCGCAAGCUCUCGUGCCCCCGAAGGCGAGGACCAGUUCCGCACCAGUGUCCGAAGUGCCACCGGCCUUGAGAUUGCCCCGGACAAUGUUCAAUUGGCUCAGGAGGUCAAAGAACUUUUGGACCAGGUCAUUGAUGAAGGUCUUGCUGGAGAAGCGUCGAGUCGCAAUGCCUUGGUGAAGACCAAGAACUCCAUCCUCAAGAUUUUGGCAGUUGCACAAGAUUCCCGCGCCGCCAGUGUUCGUCCGCGGGCCGGUACGGAAGACUUGGAAAGCGACGCGGGAAGCGUUCGUUCUUACAGCGUGCGGCGCUCUGUGGAGCCAAGUAGCCGUCGCCAUGUCUCUGUGGAGCCCAGCAUCAUGGAGGAAGAUGAAGGUGACAGUGGCAUAUUAUCUGGCCGAGUGCGGCCGUCUGUCGAGGGCGGAUUCCCCAGCCGUCACGUUGUCUCUAUCGAGCCUAGUAUCAUGGAGGAGGAUGAGCCUGACGAGCACGACACCAGCCGCAACACCAUAAUCAAGGAGGAAGCUGAUGAUUGA